AUGGGCGGAGGGGAGGAGACGAUGAGGUUUCUCUGCAGCCACGGCGGCCGCCUCGUGCCGUGCGGCCCCGACGCCGGCCUCCACUACGUCGGCGGCGACACGCGCGCCCUCGUGGUGCCCCGCGACGUCGCCUUCCGCGACCUCCGGGCGCGCCUGGCGGAGAAGGCCGGCGCCGCCGUCAACGCGGUCAGGUACCGCCUCGCCGACGACGGCCUCGACGAGGACCUGCUCGUGUCGGUCACCUGCGACGAGGAGCUCGCCCACAUGAGGGACGAGUACGACCGCCUCAAGGCGACGCGGCCGACCGCGAGCUUCCGGGUCUUCGUCUCCACCGCCGGCGCCGGUGCCCACCAGCGCCGCCCACCGCUGGCGCCACCGAUGAUGCGCCGCACGCGGAGUGAGCAGGAUCUCUCCGGCCGCGCGUGCCCGUGCCCGCGCCCGCCGGCAGGGCUCCCCGCCGCGCCGCCCAUGCGACGAGUGCACAGCGCGCAGGAGCUCGCCGGGGGCAGCCACUCGCACCCCUGCUCCUGCGGUGUCCUCGGGAAGGCGGUCUUCUCAGACUCCGAGAGGGCAAUGGAGAAGGACACAAGUGAAGAUGCCAUGGUUGCCAUGGAGUUGGAGAACCGAAGAGCAUGCUGGGAGUUCGAGUGA